CAUAAUUUUAGGGUUUCUAUUUUCCAAUUAACUUCUCACAAAAGCUUCGUGACCUUCGUCGUCCGUCGAAACUCGAUUGUCUGUUCGUCUUCACCGAAUCACCGUCUCCGGGCGUCUUCCUCGUCUCCGUCUGCCGAGUGCCGACUGCCGACCUGCUUUCCCGUUUAAUUAAAACCCCAUUUUCCCUCUCUGAAGUUUCAAUCAUCUCAUUCUUUCUUCCAUUUCAGUGAUUAUCGAUUUCUGGUACAACUGAGUAACUGAGACUACAUUUUGCCUUUGUCGAUUACAUUCCACUGAGUUUGGGUUUGAUUCUUGGGUUUAUCGAGACUACAUUUUGUCUUUAUCAUAUGAAUGUUUGGGGCAGCUAUUUCCGCUCCCGUUUGGUUCCAUUCACACCCCUAGGAGAGAAUGACAAAGGGGUUUUGGGACUAGGGACUGGGGCCUGGGGGGUGUUUUGAUUUUGAACCCUUUUGGGUUCCUCAUUCUGGAAGCCUAUUUGAUUCAAUUCUCUUCACACGAUCGGAUUCGAAAUUAUUUGAAUAUCAGGCACACUUUCAGAUUUCGGAUUUAGUGUUUGAUUUAAGAUGAAUGUGAACGAUCUUCACAAGGUUUGGGAAAUCAGAACGUUGAAGAGGAAGGUUGGCGGAGAUGAGGCUAAGAGAUUCCUUGAGAAAAUCGCCAAACAGGUCCAACCCAUCAUGCACAAGCAUAAAUGGAGGGUUAAGGUUCUAUCCGAGAUGUGUCCAAAAAACCCACGACUUCUGGGUUUGAACGUGGGACAUGGUCUUCAUGUGAAGCUGAGACUUCGAAAGCCAAACACGGAUUGGGAUUUUUACCCUUUUGAUCAUGUUCUUGAUACAAUGCUACAUGAGCUGUGUCAUAAUGCCAUUGGCCCUCAUAAUGCCGGGUUCUACAAACUUUGGGAUGAGCUUAGAAAGGAAUGUGAGGAGCUGAUGAGUAAGGGAAUAUCAGGUUCUGGAGAUGGGUUUGAUCUUCCAGGUAGACGCUUAGGUGGCUUCUCUCAUCAACCUCCUCUCUCAUCUCUCAGGCGGACUGCACUUGCUGCUGCAGAAAACAGAGCACGCCAGGGACCAUCAGGUCCUAAACGUGUUGGUGGUGAUAAAUCUAUUAUGUCUGCCCUAACACCUACACAAGCUGCUGCAAUGGCUGCAGAAAGGAGAUUGCAAGAUGAUAUAUGGUGUGGUCUAGAGGAAGUAAUUGAGGAGGAAGAAAGUAGAGCACAGGUGCAACAGAAUGAAACCUCUUCUUCUAGUGCCAAGACUCAUCAGAAAAGAGGUCCUCAUUCAGAAUCAUCCUUUGUUGAUUUGACAUCAUCACCUAAAAGAGGAUGUGAUAAUGAUGUCCAUGAGUCGUCCUCUGGGUGGGAGUGCAUGAUGUGCACAUUGUUGAAUCCGGUUUUGGCUCCGGUGUGUGAGCUCUGUGGAACCCACAAACCAAAAUCUGUUGAAGACAAGUAUAAGACAUGGUCAUGUAAAUUUUGUACACUGGAAAACAAUGUGACGCUAGAGAAAUGUGGGGCAUGUGGGCAGUGGAGAUAUUCUUAUGGCCAACCCAUAGCAACCCCAUCCCCAAAUGUGGGUACUUAAAACAAACAAACGUACACAAAUUUAGAAUUGUUUUUCUAAUGUUUUGACAAGCAAUGGACUUGAAGAAUAUGAUGUUUAACUUGUUUUGUUCAGAACAUGUAAAGAGAACAAGAAUCCAU